UUGGCCAGCACCAUGUCUGGUGUGGAAGUCUGUCCCGGCAACCCGCCUCCGCCUGAGGUGGUCAACCCAAAGCGACCAGGACGCACUACCAACCAGCUGCAGUACCUGGAGAAGACGGUGGUCAAAGCUUUGUGGCGACACCAGUUCUCGUGGCCCUUCCGCCAGCCCGUAGAUGCCAUAGAGCUGCAUCUCCCUGAUUAUUACACAAUUAUCAAGAAUCCAAUAGAUAUGGGCACCAUAAAGAAGCGACUUCAGAACAAGUAUUACUGGAAAGCGAUGGAGUGCAUCCAAGAUUUUAACACCAUGUUCACUAACUGCUAUAUGUACAACAAGCCCGAAGAUGACAUUGUUUUCAUGGCCCAGACGCUGGAAAAGCUUUUUCUGCUUGAAGUCGCUAAAAUGCCAACAGACGAAUGUGAAGUCCUGCAAGACGCCACAAAAGAAGCAAGCAAAGGAAAGAAAAGCAAUGCUGGUUCGUUGAAGCCAAGAGCGGUUGUGUCAAAAGUGGUCCUCCAGCAGACGGCGAUGGUCAUCCCGCCAGAUGCACCUCUCCUGGAGUCACCUGACGCAGUUCCAGCGCAGAUGGAUGAAAGUAUCAACACAGUUAACAAGAGAAAACUCGACCCUGUCCCUUCAGCGGUAACAAGCAGCGUCAGUGAGCCGCCGGUGUCCUGCAUGCCGUCUGUGAGGACGGGCAGCGGGCGGCCCAUAAAGGUGCCAAAGAAAGACCUCACCACCCUGGAAAACGUGCAGCCAAAACUGUCCGAGCCCCUGCGGCACUGCGACGUCAUCUUGAAGGAGAUGUUCUCUAAGAGGCACUACGCCUACGCAUGGCCCUUCUACACACCCGUGGACACCGUGGGCCUGGCACUGCACGACUACCACGACAUUAUCAAACAGCCCAUGGACCUGGGCACCAUCAAGAAAAAGAUGGAGCAGCGAGAGUACACAGCUGCGAAGGAGUUUGCUGCUGACAUCAGGCUGAUGUUCUCCAACUGCUUCAAGUACAACCCUCCUGCACAUGAGGUCGUCUACAUGGCCAGGAAGCUGCAGGAGGUUUUUGAGGCACGUUACGCUAAGGUUCCACAGGAGCUGGCGGGAUGCUGCGUGGCGGCGCCUCGUCGCCUCGAUAAGCCCAAAGGCGAGUGCGUUGGAAGCCGCUCCAUCUCGGCCCGUUCCUCCUCAUCCUCCGAGAGUGAGAGCUCCUCCAACACGGAGAGUUCAUCAGAGGAGGUCGCCGCGCAACUGGCCAACUUGGAGGAGAAGUUGAAGGCGGUGAGUGCCCAGCUUAGGAGACUCACCGAGGACCCCUUGAUGAUUCCCAAGAAAAAGGUCAAGUUGAGAAAAGAGAAAAGGGCCAAAGAAAAGGACAUCACUCGACACAAAUCUUCCAAGUAUGAAUGUACCGUGGAGAAAAACAUCAAGAAUUCUGCUUUCAACAGGAGCGUGACUUUCCGAGACAAGACGACACCGCUGACUUACCGGGAGAAGCAGCAACUCGGGCGGAAUUUGGCUGCUUUGCCCUCGGGCAACCUGGCAAACAUCAUCAAGGCCUGCGACGCCCCGUCGCCUCGCUUGACCUCCAGGGAGAUGCCGACGGUGAACUCGGAGAAGAUGAAGAUGUCCGCGCAGAGGUGCCUGCAGAGGUUCGUGGUGGCGUGCCGGUGGAAGAAAUCUGGCCAGAAGGAUUGCUCUGUCAAGAAGUUAAUGGAGAGAAGCGCUGGAGCAACGCAUUCAGGCAAGUUGAAGGAGGCCAGGAGAUGCAAGAUGCUCAUGAAGCCGCUGCCCCACGUAAAAAAGAAGAAUGUAGCCGCCAAACAAGCUGAUUCUCCUGACUUUAUCUGCCCGUCAGCGCUCAGCGGUAGCAACUCGUCACCUACUUCCUGCUGUAGCGGCGACAGCGGCGGUAGCUCCCCGUCUUCUGACAGCGCUCGCUCAUCUUCUGCGGGCAAACUCCAGAAGAGCGCUAAAGGCCGAUGUCAAAAGUUGACUGUGAAGGCUGCCAGUAGCAAGCUGACCCACAGGGGGCGCUCUGGUAACGCACACUCCUCUGCUCCAGCUGCUGCUUCCAAGCUAACAAAGGCCAAACACCAUUGGGGGAGUGACGCCGGCAAGAAGUUGCCCCCUCCAGACCUGUACCAAAUGCCGUCUCCUGAAACUAUACUGGUCUGGGCCACCACUGGAUUUGAGGCCCCCAUCCUGUCACCGUUGGGGAAGAGUCCACUGCCUGCCAGAGAUGACAUUACAACUGGUUUCAAAUGCCCUGAAAAUGUUCCUGACAGUCAAGUGGCACAUGUGACGUCAUCUUCCAAUUCUCCCAUUAAAUCAACCCUACAGGAAAAGAAUCCUAAAAACGACAUAGUUCUGAAAAACGCUGAGUCAUGGGCCCGACUGAUGAAGCAGUCGUCCGCCAUCCCGACCACCAUCAAGUCGUCCAAAGAGAGCUUCCAGCAGUUCCGGAAGGCUGCCAUGGAGAAGGAAGAGCGUGAGAAGGCGCUGAAGAAACAGUUGGAGGUUCCAGAAAAGCGUCUGAACAAAUAUCCGCCACUGUGCAAAGAAGAGCUUCCAUCUCUCGGGAGCUGCGUCCUUCUGGCAGAGACGACACCACACGUCCCCGGCAGCGGCGAACAGCCCACAUCACCUGUGGAGACCUGGCUCGGGUCCGCCUGGUCCCCCGCAAGUCGAGUGCGGGAGCUGGCCAGGAAGAAGGAGCAGGAACGUCGCAGACGUGAAGCGAUGUCAUGCAUUGACAUGACCAUGCAGCAGGACAUCAUGACCACUUUUGAACUCAACCUGGACUAAAAAGCAAAACUCUUGAUGAGAUUUACUUGAAACCAAAGAAGUGCCUUGAGUCUCCUCUGGUGAAUACGGCCAAGCCUUGCCCUUGAGAA